ACACUAUAUUCGGCUUUCUACAUAUUCCAUAGGAAGUUCGAUCAUUCCGGUUUCUGCAAUUUAAUUUUAUUUUUCGACUUCAAUUUCCAAUCGUGUAGUAUUCAGAUAGUAAGCGAAAAGCUCUGCAGAAUCGGAGCAGAAUGGAAGCUGAGAAUGCAUAUACACUUCCCUUGGAUGAUACUGUUAACAUUGAGAGUCCUACAAUUGGAAUGGAGAACCUUGAUUCUCCUGCAAAGAUUUUGGAUAUCCCUGAUUGUGUUGAAAAUGUGAAUUCUUGUUUGACGAACGACUUUGAGGAAGAGGUUGUCCUUGACACUGACGAUGAAAGAAUGCACUGUGCUGAACUGGAAAGUGUCUCAAAGUGGAGAUCUUCUGAUGAUACAAGGUAUACAAAGCAGUCGGAUAAGUGGAAACUCUCACCAGUUUCUGAACAAACCUAUGUGGGAUGUCUACGGAGGUCGAAGAAAUUUUUUCAGCAUGCGGAUUCAGCCAGAAGCACAGAUUUUGAUAACACUAGUCAACAGAAGCAGUUUCCUGAGGUAAAUGGUAGAACAUCUACAGAAGUAGAUAAUAUAGCUGCUAGUACAAAAUCAAGAGUUGAAGAGGACCAUUAUUUUUGUCAGGGUGCUGAAAUAUUCAAGGAUGAAAUCCUUGAGGGGAAUGUGGAAACGGAAGCCUUAACUGGUUACGCUCUUGACAAGGAGAGGGUUUCAUCAGUUAAUCAAGAGGAGGGUGUGGAUGGAGAUAAAGAGUUUCCAAUUCAUUCUUGUAGCGUAGGUGUUCCCAAGUUAAGCAACUCCGAGUCUCAAGUACCUGAUGUGCUAUCAGAAGCUAACGCUCUGGACUUCGUGGACCACUACCUAUCAGUUAACAAUGAAGAUGUUCUCAAUGAAGACAAAGCUGGAGGAGUGAAUAAGAUCAUAUCACGUCCAAUUUUCAGCCAUGGGGGACCUCAAAAGUUGGCAAGCAGAAUGAAUAUUCAAAAUGCAGUAAAAAACUCUGGAGUUUUUGACUGGCCUGAGAGUCAAAGAGAGGGCUCAAGAAGUUCUUUUUCAAGAGACAGAAAGAUAUUGACCUAUGACCGCAAGAACUAUAGACUGAAGAACAAAGGAGUAUCAAGUGUCCAAUCCAGCAAGGAACCAGUGGGAACUAUGGAAGAUUUAAAUAAGGCGGAACCGAAGUUUCUAGAGGAUGGAGAAGCAGUCAAUGAAGUCAAAUCUGGAGGAGUGAAUAAAAUCAUAUCAACUCCCAUUUUAAGCCGUGGGGGACCUCAAAAGUUGGCAAGCAGAAUGAAUAUUCAAAAUGCAGUAAAAAACUUGGGGAUUAUUGACUGGCCUGAGAGGCAAAGGGACAGUGCAAACGGCUCUUUUUCAAGACAGAGAAAGAUAUUGACCUUUGACAGCAAGAUGUGCGGAUUGAAGAAACAAAAGGUAUCAAGUAUCCAGUCCAGUAAGGAGCCACUGGGAAGUAUGACAGGCUUAAAUAAGGCCGAACCAAAGUUCCUAGUGGAAGACCAUAUGAAUGUUGAAGACAAGUUCCUAAAUAAGUCAGAUGAGCAGUUUGAUGUGGGGGAAUUUGAGCAACAAUUUGAAGGAAAUCGAUCAGACGCACUUGAUACAUAUGAUGUUGGCUUUGACACUCAACUGGCUGCUGAAGCUAUGGAAACCCUACUACAUGCCCCUCCUUUGAAAUGCGACACUGUUUGUGCCCGUCAAAUUCCAGAAACCAGCAUACUUAAAGAAGGGGAAUAUCCUGAGAUCGCUUUGUCAAGAGAGUUUAACAUUGAUAGCAAUUCACCAGAACCUACUGAAUGUAGCUCAGCUGAAACGGAGCAGUUAAGAGGCAAAACCAGAGAUUUUUCUUCGGUUGUUCGUAGAACUAGGCAUCAAGUAUCUUCAAAUUUAAGGAUCCUGGAGAACCAAGCAACCAAUCCUAAUACAGAGUCUGAUUUUCCAAAGAAAAGAAGGAAGCCACUUGACCUAGUAGAGUUAAAUGACAAUUUGUUGAAAGUGGCUGCUGUGAGAGGAAAAGUCUCCAAAUCAGGUACUGACACAUCAAGGAAAGCUAGAAAAGUUAGCAUGCAGAAACAAGGAGAAACCCAUCAAAGUUUAGCAGCAAUGUUGAGUCAAGUGAAAUUGGAAAGCUGGGUCUCUAAAGGGAAAAGGACACAUAAAGGUGCACGACGGCUAUCAAAUGGAUCAAGCGAUCUCUAUCCUCUACAAAUCUCUGCUGAUGAGGAUAAUGACUUUAAGUAUCCCGAUUUGAAUCAUAAGGCAGAGAGGAGACCACAACUCUUAGUAUUUAAAAGACGGAUUCAGUCUUCAUCUGAAAAGAACCACUCAGGACUCUUGGCAAUUCAGUGUACAAGUGAACCUUAUUCCUCACCUUGUAAAUAUUCAGUCACAAGUGAAAAGAUGAUGUCCAUGGAUUUCAAGAGAGCCGAAUCUACUAAGACUGCCAAAUUAAAUGAAGUGAUAUCCAUAUCCACUAAUCUUUUGACAAAAGACAUGAAAUUUGACAUAACUUCAAGUGGAAACUCAAAUCCAUCAUACAGUCUUAAUGGUGACAAGAAAGGCAGGCAACACACGAGAAAUCUCUCUAGAUCAACCCUUACUCAAGAGCUUAUUAGAUUAGGCUAUGCAGAAAAAUUACCUGAUUUUCUGCCCAGAGGUUCACGACGACGAAAAGGUACAGGUGAAAUUCGUGUCUUGUUUAGCCAGAGCCUGGAUAGCAAAUUAAUCAAGCAGCAAAAAAAGAUUUUAGCAAGAUUGGGAUUUAUCUCCACAUCAAAUUGUUCUGAUGCCACGCACUUUGUUACUGACAGUUUUGUUAGAACAAGGAAUAUGCUGGAAGCCAUUGCAUGCGGAAAACCAAUUGUAACACAUUUUUGGCUUGAGAGCUGUGGAAGAGCAAGCUGUUUUGUCGAUGAGAAAAAUUAUAUCUUAAGAGAUGCCAAAAAGGAAAAGGAACUUGGUUUUAAUAUGCAGGUUUCACUUGCUCAUGCCAGAAAGUAUCCCCUUCUAAAGGGUCGAAGAGUCAUUAUAACUCCAAGCGUAAAACCUAAUAGAGAUACCCUUCUAAGCUUGGCCAUGGCAGUGAACGGUGAGGUGGUCGACGAAUUGAAUAAUAAAGUCACUUGUGAUGAUCUAUUAAUUCUUUCCUGCGAAGAAGAUUACAAAGUAUGCAUUCCAUAUCUAGAAAAAGGAACUCUUGUUUAUAGUUCGGAGCUCUUGCUUAAUGGGAUUGUUAUCCAGAAACUGGAUUACAAUAGGCAUCAGCUUUUCACAAAGUUUUAUGACAAAAACUGCAAAGGUUGAAAGACACUCUUAUAUUGACAAGGACGAGCUUUUUGAAGAAAACGUCGUGCCCAACUGCUUGUAUAUCGAUCCAAAAUAUGCUACUAGUCCAAGUAACAACUAUGAUAUCCUUGUGUAACAGGAAACUCGGAGCCUUAGCUGGGCAGAAGUUUUGAAUAUUGGUAAGAUGAUUAGGCUCUCAUAGUUUGUGCAGAAAAAAAGUUGCCAUCUUAUCUAUUCCCUUGUAAAUUCACUCGGUUUGCUAAUCAAUAUUAUAACGU